AUGCCUGCCGUUCCUUAUAACCCAACACGCGCUCGCGACGCACGCCCAGUAUCUUCAGGGAGUUCUCUCUUCGCAGCUGCCCUCAAGGCUACUGCUACCAUGGGUCUCCUGUCCAUGCUCCCCCUCGCACUCGCAGCGACGACUGGUACCAAUCCGACGCUCAAGUCCUGCCUAAACAACGUCUUUGCCAGUAACAAGGGAGCAGUAUCCUAUCCUACGGACCUCUUCUAUCAAUUAACCGCUGUUAAGCCGUAUAACACCGACAUCAAAGUUACCCCGGCGGCUGUCACGCGUCCAACCACUACUGACGAGGUCUCUCGCGUCGUUCAGUGUGCAGCAGCCGCCGGCCUCAAGGUCCAGCCUCGUAGCGGUGGUCACAGCUAUGGGAAUUAUUGCAUUGGAGGAGAGGAUGGAGCCGUCGUUGUCGACCUCGUAAACUUUCAAAAGUUUUCCAUGGACACCAAUACCUGGUUUGCCACGUUUGGAUCCGGCACUCUCUUGGGUGAUUUGACAGACCGGCUGUUCAAGAAUGGCGGUCGCGCUAUUGCACAUGGGACUUGUCCUCAGGUCGGUUCUGGUGGACAUUUGACCAUUGGUGGCCUUGGUCCCCUUUCAAGGCAAUAUGGCGCCGCUCUUGACCACGUCGAAGAGGUCGAAGUCGUAUUGGCCAAUGGCACAAUUACACGCGCGAGCAACACUCAAAACACGGAUCUCUUCUUCGCAAUGAAAGGAGCUGCCGCCUCCUUUGGAAUCAUCACCGAAUUUGUCGUCCACACCGAGCCUGCACCUGCAGAUACCACCGUCUUUGCCUACCACAUUCAAACCGGAAAGAAGAGCUCGUUUGCCAACACCUUUGCCGCCUGGCAAGACAUCAUUUCGGAUCCCAAUCUGGACCGCAAGUUUUCUACCGAGGUCGUCAUUACUGAGCUGGGCAUGAUCAUCUCCGGAACGUACUUUGGAACAAAGGAGGAGUACAAGGCGCUCAACUUUGAGCAGCGACUGGCACAGAAUGCUACUGUGUCCGUGACUACGCUUGAUAACUGGCUCGGAACUGUCACAAACUGGGCUGAAAACGAGGCGCUGAAGCUCAUUGGUGGUAUCUCGGGUCCAUUCUACUCCAAGAGUCUCAACUUUAAGAAAGAUACCCUCAUUCCUUUCAAUGGUAUCCAAAAUUUGUUCAACUAUCUCGAGACUGCGAACAAGGGGACCCCUGCGUGGUUUGUCAUCUUCGACCUGGAGGGUGGAAAGAUCAACGAUGUUCCUACGGAUCAGACCGCCUACGCUCACCGUGACACUCUUUUCUACGUUCAAACCUAUGCCGUAGGAAUACUCAAACUCUCCGACACAACCAAAAAUUUCAUCAACGGAAUCAACAAAGUCAUCCAAGACGCGAUGCCCAAUGUAAACUUUGGCGCGUAUGCCGGCUACGUCGAUCCACAGUUGCCCAACGCCCAACAAGCAUAUUGGCAAUCCAACUUGCCCCGCCUUGAACAGGUCAAGCGAAAGUACGAUCCGACGGACGUCUUCCACAACCCCCAAAGCGUCCGUCCGGCGUCCUCGUAA